AUGACCACCAAGUCUACUCCCAAAGACCUCAUUGACUCGUUUCCGCACAGCAAACUCACCCCGAUUGCUACCGCGACAACCGAACCCGAUUACUUGUCGCUCCAUCAGCUUCAGUAUGAAAUCAACGACAAUGCGGAGACCCUUUCCUCCACUCUUGGAGAUGGCCAACACGGUCACCUUUUUCUCGUAAUUUCCGAAACCGAGUACCUCGAAAUGACCGACGGCAUUCCAUGCAUUCCUCCUGUGCAACCGCCUUUCGACCCAGUUCACGCUGCCAACGCCACAGCCCCUCAAAUUCUGUUUGACCUCUAUCACAACGCCAUCAAAGCGUUUCGCAAUCAACUCCUUGAAGCCAUUCCCAUCGAAUACAUCGAAUCUCUCGGUCAUCCUACACGAGGCUUUAACAAAGUCUCUCCCCUCAAAAUCCUCUCUCAUCUUUGGGAAACCUUUGGUAAAAUUCAGGCUUCGGAUCUCAUCGCCAACGACGAACGCAUGAAAGCCGCCUGGCAUCCACCAACGCCUAUCCAGCAACUCUUCCAGCAGCUUGAAAAAGGCAAUCAGUUUAUCAUUGCGUCUGGCCAAGUCAUGGACGAACGUAUUAUCGCUCGCAUCGGCUACCAGAUCAUCGAAAAAACCGGACUCUUUGAUCUUGCUUCUCGCGACUGGCAUUAUAAAGAUGAAGCCGAUAAAACUUUGGCAAAUUUCAAAAAACAUUUCCAGAAGGCCAACAAGGAUCUUGCCCUCACCGCCACCAGCAGCUCUGCGGGUUACCACACCGCAAAUCAGAGUACUGUCAUCAAGGGCAAAUCGUAUUGCUGGACACACGGCAUCGUGCACAACACGAAGCACACCAGUGCAACAUGUGAAAAACAGGCCCCGGGGCACAAAACCGGCGCUACAUUGCACGACAAACAAGGCGGGUCGACCAAGACCUAUCAAUACACGCCACCGUCUUCAGUUGCACCAAACACUCCUCCGUUAGCUUCCUCCCCGCCAUUUUUUCCUCCCGACGCCAUUGCAGACACUGGCUGUACCGGACAUUUUUUGAGCACCAACAUUGCUCACAUACACUGCCAACCGACAGUCCCCGGCAUCAACGUGGUCCUCCCUGAUGGUCGCACAAUUACUUCAAGUCACAUCACCGAACUCAACAUUCCUUCGCUUCCUCCGGCAGCUCGUACCGCCCACAUCUUUCCUGGUCUCUCGAAUGGAUCCCUCAUUUCCAUCGGCCAACUUUGUGACCACGGCUGUACCGCCACAUUCACAUCCGACGCGGUCAGCAUUGAGCUCAAUAACACUGUCGUUCUUCGCGGCGGCCGUUCUCCUUGCACCCGAUUGUGGACCCUAGACUCCCCUGUAACGCCAAAUCCUCCCGCCACUGAAUUGCAUGCGCCUUUGCACGACAAAAAUUUUGCGAAUCACCUCGGAGACCACUCAGGGACCCUUGCCGACCGCAUUGCCUUUGUUCAUGCAUCCUUAUUCUCGCCACAACUUUCGACAUGGUGCAAGGCCAUUGACGAAGGCCGCCUCACAACCUUUCCGGACAUCACGUCUGCACAGGUAAAACGGCACCCCCCACAGUCCGUCCCUAUGGUCAAGGGACACCUUGACCAGCAACGGUCCAACUUGCGCUCAACCAAGCCCAAGGUCACCCUGUGUGCCUCUGUUGAUCCUGACGACAUUAAUUUCGACACCAAUCCCGUCGUACAAGACCCUCCAGCCGCCAGGACGCAGUUUUUGUACGCCGAUUUCGCCGAAGUCACCGGAAAAAUUUUUACCGACCCCACCGGCCGUUUCGUUACCACUUCAAGCUCCGGCAAUGCUUACAUGCUAGUGGUCUAUAAUUACGACAGCAAUUUUAUUCAUGUCGAAGCCAUGAAGAACCGCACCGGUCCCGAGAUCUUGAGCGCCUACCAGCGUGCCCACGCCAUGCUGUCCUCCAAAGGUCUGCGCCCCCAACUCCAACGCUUAGACAACGAAGCCUCAACUGCAUUACAACAAUUCAUGUCCUCUGUCAAUAUUGAUUUUCAAUUAGCUCCGCCUCACGUGCACCGUCGGAACGCCGCCGAACGGGCCAUCCGCACGUUCAAAAACCACUUCAUUGCAGGUCUGUGCAGCACAGACAAAAACUUUCCGCUUCACCUUUGGGAUCGCUUACUCCCACAAGCCAUCAUGACUCUCAACCUUCUUCGAGGGUCUCGUAUCAACCCAAAUCUGUCGUCCUGGGCCCAACUCCACGGCUCGUUCGACUACAAUCAUACCCCUCUGGCUCCCCCGGGCAUCCGCGUGCUUGUACACGAAAAACCGUCAAUUCGCAGAACUUGGGCCCCCCACGCAGCCGACGGUUGGUACGUUGGCCCCGCCAUGAACCAUUACCGAUGCUAUCGCGUCUGGGUCAAGGAGACCACCAGCGAACGCAUUUCGGACACUCUGACCUGGUUUCCCAGCCAAGUCAAAAUGCCCAGCACCUCGUCUCGCGAUACAAUUGUCGCCGCUGCUCACGAUCUUGCCCAUGCUCUGGCACAUCCCUCUCCUGCGUCGCCUUUAUCACCUCUUUCGGUCAACGAACGCGAAGCCCUCUCGCAACUUUCAGAUAUUUUUUCCAAAGCCGCUAACCCAGUUGACUCGUCCCUCCCAGUUGCUCCCACGGCAACCCUAAGUCCGCCAGCUGCAUCUACUUCUUCACCGCGUCAAGUCCGCUUCCGAAACCCGGUCACUGAAUCACUUCCAAGGGUGCCGACCGCCACAGCCGCCCCUCCGCAGUCACUUCCGAGGGUGCCUCCCCCGGACUCCGAGGCCGAGACAUACAAGCUUGUCACCUGCAACCCUCGCCAAGCACGUCCACCCGCACCCGUCGUACCAUCUCCCAAGGUCCCAACACCUCCGCACAGUCACGGAACUCGCUUGCAAGCCGCUCUAUACCCAGACGCGUUCGACAGCGCCAACGCCGUCUCAUUGGCGAUUCAGCUGCAUCAUACAGACUCAAUCACGAUUCUCAAACUAGUCAGAAAUCUUAUUAGUUCAUCGAUUUCCAUCAUUCGCGUUCUUGCGUUUGUAGAGCUCAUCAAUAGUAUGGACAGUUCUGGAAAAGGUGAUUGGUGUAGAAGCCCAGCUAGGUUGUCAACUGGAAUGACAGUUUUGAGUACCGGUUCGCGCGAUGGCGCGCACUACUUGGGUCGUGGCACCCAAGGCGAGCCUGUCGAAACUAAUCUUGUGUGUUUGGCCACAAAUUCCGACACGGAUGGUUUUGGACAGGCGCAAUCCCAGCUGGGUAUUCAGAAACAUGACGUGACUGUUUCGGGACUCGAUCGUUGCCAUGCUAAGGAGCAUGGUAACUAUGAUGAAUGUGCCCACGGUGCCGUGUAUAACACCGUGGAGAAUAGUGAAACGGACCACAAUGGCGCUUGGCAGAUUGUGGAGCCAAAUGGAAAGUGA